AUGGAGUUGGAUGAAUCACGAUUUGCCAUUUUUGAGCUUGAUGAAAAGCAGAGUGAAAAAGAGCUGUUGCAGCAAGGUUUUGAUGGUGGAAAUGAGCUCAGAAAUUAUGGUGGUGGCCAGCUAUUUGUUGGCAAGGCAAGAUUUGUUAAUGAGAAAACUGAGAUGGACAAAGGCAAGGCAAGGUUGAGUUUGUCAUGUUGGUUUGGUUUUGAGAUGCAAGCUGCCAGAUUGACCAAAGACUUCCGGAGAAGACAAAUAUUUGGCGUUUUUGCACUGUAUACCGGAACACUUAAGAAAAGUCUUCCGGUUUGUAUACUUGUAUACCGGAACACUUUCUUCAAGACUUCCGGUUUGGUUGAUGUAUACCGGAACUCUUUAAGAAAGUGUUCCGGAAGGCUUUUUGUUUUUUUUGCUAACCGGAACUCUUCUUGGAAGUGUUCCGUGGUUCGAAGAAGAGGUGCAGAUGGCCAGAUUCCAGUCCGCACGUUAGACCGGGGUGCAUCUUCAUCUGCAGCUGCAGCUGAGCCGACUGGAUAUCCAGGAGGGCCGUACGAUACGUCUCUUUUGGUGAAGUACGAGCAUCAUGUUGCUCGACAUAUAUGGUUCGGUGAGGAAAGAGGACCAAAGAAAGAGUUGAAGGUUGUCGGACAUGGACUGAAGUUGACUUCUAGGGUUCCAUUGGCUCUUCCACCACAGAUGGAGAGUUGGGUAUCUAGAUCCGGUUUAGCUUCACUGCAGAGAAUGAGUCUGAACAAGAUAGACACAAAUCUUGUCUCUGCAUUUGUGGAAAGAUGGCAUCUAGAGACAUCUUCAUUUCACAUGCCGUUUGGUGAAAUGAGCAUUACUUUAGAUGAUGUCGCAUGUCUACUUCACUUGCCCAUUAGGGGUAUCUUUUGGAGUCCUCAGGAUGUGACUGAAGAGCUAGCUGUUGAACUUGCUGUUGACUACCUAGGAGUGUCACAGGGUCAGGCACAGUCACAUGUUCGGAGCUGCAGGGGGUCGUAUUACAAGUUGGAGUGGUUAUAUGAUAUAUUCGUACAUCAUAGGGCUGCUUCCAGCUGGGCAUAUGCGACUAGAGCAUAUCUAUUGAUGUUGGUGGGUUCCACCAUAUUUGCUGAUAAGACCUUUACACUUGUAGAGGCACGAUACCUCCUCCUGUUUAGGGACUUGGAUAAAUGUUCAGGAUAUAGUUGGGGAGCAGCUCCUUCCUUUACUAAUAAGUUCUCUCAAGUAGUGAAACUUAAUCUCAAUAUGCUUGCUCCUCCCAUGUUCAAUUGGGCUCUUAGCCAGGUUUAUAGUGGAAAUGUUAUCAACCAUGAGCGUUACAAUGUCACCCUCUUUGCUAUCCAGCUCCUUCAAUAG